AUGAACUCGAUUAAAGUCCCACGGGCGAUCCCAUCGCUGACGGCUUUUGAACGCAUUGGCCCUAAAGGCUGGAUGCGCUAUGUCUUUCCAUUCCAGCUCGCUGAUGACUACGACAUAGAGCAAGUAACCGAUAUGAUUCGCCAUGGCUUCGACGAGGUGAAAGGCCAUUUUCCCGAGGCGGACUGUGAGGCAGUCCCAGAUCUUGAAUCCAAGCAAGAGGGUGUCCUCAAACUGCAGAGGCUGAAGAGUGGCGAGUUUGAGAGCGUGGAGGUCAAAGACCUGCGACACCCUGAUGCAUUCUCAUCCACCUACGAAGACUUGAAAGCGAAGUCCUUCCCUGUCUCCGCAUUCGAUGCCGAGUGUCUGUGCCGCGGACAUGUUUGGGUUAAGCCCGGGGACCGCAUACCGAUCUCACUCGCACAGGCGAAUUUCAUUCGCGGUGGUGUCAUUCUGACUUGGAAUAUCUUCCACAUGAUCGGCGAUGGAACCUCAUUCUGCACUUGGAUGAAGGUCUGGGCCGAGGGUUGUCGGCGCGCGCAAGGGCUGGAUAUCUGCGAUCCAAUCCAAUUACCCUCGGCUAUCUGGGAUGACCGAGAGCAGGUGAUGGAGCCAUCUGGCAGCAAUUGCGGCGGGUUAGAGGAUCACCCAGCAUAUACUCUCCUCCCGUUCACACCAACUGGUGCACCUCCAAAAAUGACAUCGCCGCACCAUCGGGCACAAGUCUUUCGCUUUCCUCCCGAGUCGUUGAAAGCGCUGAAAGCAGACGCGUCUCCAGCAAAUGCCUCUGGCCCAUCGGACCAAGACUGGAUUUCAACCAACGACGCCAUCGCAGCCCUUAUUUGGCGCACUGUCAUGGCAGUACAGUCGCCGCUGGAGACCUUGGAGGGCGAUCCAGUGUCCAACUUUGGUAUAGCAAUCAAUGGGCGCCAACGUAUCGGACCCAAAAUUCACCCAGAGACGUCAGGAUGCUUCUUGGCCUUCUUGUCAGUGGUGGCGCCCAUCCGCAAGAUUGUUGGCAAUAUGAAUUUAGCCGAUUUAGCGAUUCUUGUUCGCCAAGCUGUGUUGCGUGCGGAUGAUCAGUUUGGCGAUGAUCUCAUCGCACUAGUUGAUAGCCUCGACGACGUUAACAAGCUGGUGCCGACGUCAUUUUUGGAUGUUCCUGGAUUCAACUGCGUUAUGUCCUCGUGGACCGGGUUCGAGCUAUACUCCUUGGACUGGGGUCCGAUGCUUGGCAAGAAUAUUGAUGCUGUUCGGACACCUAGUGUCGGAGCUAUCAACGGUGCGCAAAUUGUUUUGCCAGUGUUACCGGAUGGUGGAAUGGAAGUGUUGGUCGGGGUCGAGGAAACAUGUUUGGACAGGCUGCUGAAUGACUCGUUGCUGGGGAAGUAUGCCAUCGCAGUGUAA